AUGCGUAGAUGGUUAUCGACCUCGCCGCGUUGUCUGAGUCAUGAAAACCCACUAGGCCUUCCUCGACGGCAACCAGCAGCUGGCCCACCUCCUACCUUCCCACGAGCGCAACGUGGGCUUCCUGUGAAACGUCGAAUAGCUCAUGUUGAUCAUGUGAUAGCUGUUUCGAGCGCCAAAGGUGGUGUCGGAAAGUCAACACUAGCUGUCAAUCUUGCCCUAUCUCUUUCUAGACGCAAUCUACGAACGGGAAUACUAGACACCGAUAUCUUUGGACCUUCUGUUCCGACACUCCUCAAUCUCGCAAAUGCAUCUGAACCUGAAGUCACCAAUCGAGGCUCCCUGAUCCCGUUACAGAGUUAUGGGUUGAAAAGCAUGAGCAUGGGCUAUCUAUUACCCUCUGAAGCUGCACCUGUAGCGUGGAGAGGAGCCAUGGUGCAGAAAGCUCUUCAUCAAUUGCUACAUGAAGUCGACUGGUCACCCAAGCUCGAUGUGCUUGUCCUCGAUCUACCGCCAGGUACAGGCGAUGUUCAGUUGACGAUUGGCCAGCAGAUUGAGCUUUCUGGAGCUGUCGUUGUUACGACACCUCAGGAUAUCGCUCUGAAGGACGCUGUGAAGGGCAUAGCCAUGUUUCAAAAGAUGAACAUUCCCGUGCUUGGACUCGUUCAAAAUAUGUCUGUGUUCGUGUGUCCGAAAUGCGGUGAAGAGACACAUAUCUUUGCUCAUGAUGGUUCUUCUGAGAGGGUACCCUCUAAGGCUCAAGAGAUGGGCGUAGACUUUCUGGGCAACAUACCUCUUGAUGCGAAGAUAUGUCCGGACAUCUCAUCAACACCCAGUAUUAUCAGUCCAUUGCCGAAAAGCUAG